CGGCCUUCCAACGAAUCAGAAGAACGUCCGUUUGAACACUGGUACAGAGGAGAUGUGCAUAGAAACGGUGGCGUCGGGGAAUUGCGUGUAGGUAAACGUAUGGAGAUGUUGCGUAUCGCCAACUUCGGACACGACAUGAAGUCGAGCACGCACCGUUUUGCACCUCGUGACUUCUCUACCGCUUUGGAGUACAGCCGUAGACGAAAGAGAGCUGAUAGUGCUUCUGGCCUACGGGAAAGAGAGAGUUUGUAUUUGGAUGAACAGAGAGCAAAGGAGGCGGAUAUGGUACUGGACGAAAGCCCACCGACGGAUAUUGACGGUGAUCCUGACACCGACCCGGAAGAUAACUAUGACGCAUAUGGCAGCACAGAGGACGUCACCAUUCAUCCUCCAUUCAGUGCGUCUACGCCCGGUCUGGUCAGAUUCUCUACGGAGAAUACCCGCAGCGAAGCACACCCCACUAUUAAUACCGAGAUGCCACCUACUCGGAUACCCGUUGCACGUACAGCCUCGGAACCCCUCAGAGCCAACACAUCCAUUGAAACAACACGCAGUUCCGAAACUUUGAUUCCAUCUCCUGAUUCCAUCACAAGUUCCCGCCGGCGGUCAUUUUCACGAUCACAGAAUCAAUCGCCAGAUCAUCCGCCGAGUAACAAACGUCGCACGAAGAGCCCAGUGUCGCCUUCAACACCGAAGAGGUCCAAAUCGAAAGCGAGGACGCCCCCUUCUGCUGCACGACGGAAGGAUGACAAUCGCGGUUCGAUCGCUUCAUAUCCAACUCCCGAAGGAGAUGGUAUGGUUGACGCUAUACCCACGUGGACCCAACCAGUUCAGAAGUCGGGCACCUGGGACGAGGUGGUAUUACCGGUUGUGGCGCGCAAGAAAGGUCUGAAUGGUCAGUACGAGCAAGCAGAUGGUAGCCCUAGACCGAAA